CCCGCGCGGGCCGUUGACGGCUUUUGUUUCUCGAGACAGUCACUCGCUCAGCUUGGGCUGACCUUCCCGGAGUGGGGGCCCUUUUAGCUAGCUUCAACCGUGGAAAAAAACUAAACAGAGGUCGACGAAAACCCGUAAACCAUGACGUCAGCGGUCGCUUAUUCCUACAAGUCAAUAUUUUAUGACUUUACACGCGCGCGACAAUUGUCAAGGAGGUGCCCCCAAGUCGCCGCGGCCCCGGACUGUCCGUUCCCCGUGUCCCUGAAGGCCACACGCGGCGUUUGCGGCCCGACUGACAGCCCCCGUCGGGCUGGAGCCCCCCACCCCCCACCCCAGAGUCAACAGAGGAGAAACCAGCGCGAGGCUGACUGAUCAAAGUCCACAGGCUCAAGCCGCUGUAAUCACGUUUCUCUGUUGAUCUGGAGGUUCUGGUGAUGGACGGAGACUGAUUGAGUUAGAAAUCUGUGUCCGGUUUUUGUCAUCUGCUGGUGUUGGUUAAUGAUCCAACCUCUGAUGUUCCCCUGUUACUUUCUACACUUUAGAAAGAUGACUACUUCAUGGAGCGACAGACUGCAGAACUACGCAGAUUUGCCCGCCACCAUGGACGGCCUGGCGAUGAAGAAAUACAGGAGGGAGCCCUACCACAGGAUCUUCGUCAACAGAAGUCUGGCGAUGGAGAAGAUCAAGUGUUUCGGCUUUGACAUGGAUUACACCUUAGCAGUUUACAAGUCACCUGAGUAUGAGUCUCUCGGCUUCGAGCUGACUGUGGAGCGGCUGGUCUCCAUCGGUUACCCCCAGGAACUGCUCAGCUUCGUCUAUGAUCCGUCCUUUCCCACCAGGGGCUUGGUGUUUGACAACAUGUACGGGAACUUGCUGAAGGUGGACGCUUACGGGAAUAUCCUGGUUUGUGUCCAUGGAUUUAACUUCCUCCGAGGACCGGACAUCCGUGAACGGUACCCGAACAAGUUCAUCCAGAGGGACGACACCGAACGCUUCUACAUCCUCAACACGCUCUUCAACCUGCCAGAAACCUACCUGUUGGCCUGCCUCGUGGAUUUCUUCACCAACUGUGACAGCUACACUAGCUGUGAAACCGGCUUCAAAAAUGGCGACCUCUUCAUGUCCUACAAGAGCAUGUUCCAGGACGUCCGCGACGCCGUCGACUGGGUCCACUUCAAGGGAACGCUGAAAGAGAAGACUGUGGAGAACAUGGAGAAGUAUGUGGUGAAAGAUGCCAAGCUGUCUCUUCUCCUCAGCAGAAUGAACGAAGUCGCUAAGGUUUUCUUGGCGACCAACAGUGACUACAAAUACACGGAUAAAAUCAUGACUUACCUGUUUGACUUCCCCCAUGGCCCACAGCCUGGCACCCCCCACCGGCCCUGGCAGUCUUACUUUGAUCUGAUCCUGGUGGACGCCAGGAAGCCGAUGUUCUUUGGGGAGGGGACGGUGCUCCGCCAGGUGGACACGACCACAGGUCGUCUAAAAAUAGGAACCUACACUGGACCUCUGCAGCAUGGGAUAGUUUACUCUGGAGGUUCCUCGGACACUGUGUGUGACUUGCUGGGGGCCAAAGGGAAGGACAUAGUCUACAUUGGGGACCACAUCUUUGGAGACAUCCUGAAGUCCAAGAAGCGUCAAGGCUGGAGAACGUUCCUAGUGAUCCCUGAGCUGGCCCAGGAGCUGCAUGUGUGGACCGACAAGAGCUCUUUAUUUGAGGAGCUGCAAGGCCUGGACGUUUUCCUGGCAGAACUCUACAAGCAUCUGGACAGCAGCAGCAACGAGAGACCAGACAUCAGCACCAUUCAGAGGAGAGUGAAGAAAGUCACUCAUGACAUGGACAUGUGCUACGGCAUGAUGGGAAGCCUUUUCCGCAGCGGCUCUCGACAAACACUGUUCGCCUCCCAGGUGAUGCGUUACGCCGACCUGUACGCCGCCUCCUUCAUCAACCUGCUGUAUUACCCCUUCAGCUACCUGUUUAGAGCCGCGCACGUGCUGAUGCCACAUGAGUCAACGGUGGAGCACGCGCAUGUGGACAUAGACAUAGAGUCUCCACUCGCCACACGAAACCGCACCCACUGCAGCGACUGCAAGGAGCUGGAGAGCAAACGCCACCAGCUGACCCGCUCCUUCAGCGAGAUCAAGCCCCCCAACCUGUUCCCCCAGACGCCCCAGGAGAUCACCCACUGCCACGAUGAGGAUGAUGACGAGGAGGAGGAAGAAGAAGAGGAGGAGUAAUAGAAGAGAUUUGCAGAAAUGUGCUCUCUGCUCCUGACGCCUCCUGUUUGCCAGCAGAGAUUCUGUCUUGAACUAACGAGCUGCACGUGAGCAAACAUCCAACACUAAGCGAGGCGUCGGCCUGCAGUGCCGCAUCCAAACAACUGUUUACACUUCAGUCCAGCUCAUCUUUACUGUAAUUCUAACUUUAAGCAGGAUAAAUCUAAGAAACCCCUACAGCCUGAGCUGCGAGUCUCCAAUGGAGUAAAGCAGAGCGUCAUCUUCUAAAUGUUUGUCUCUCAUCUUCUCAUGUUGAUCUGCAUCUGCCAAAGUGGCCUGACUGAGACUUCAGUAUCCUGAGAGUAACAAACCAUCUGCUGUGAAACAACCGAGCUGCUCAACCAACCUUCUGCUGGAUGCGCAUGGUCAAGAUUUCUGUCUGCACAGAGUGUCUGCAAGAGAACAGCAAAUACUGUCUGCGCAUGGAUGGCACCUGCUGUCUUUGCAGGCUGCCUGCCCAAAGAGAUCCUCUGCUGUACAGCAUUCUCAGUCUGCGCCUGAAGAGCAAAUGCUGCUUUAGAGAGGACAUCUUCUUUAGCACAUGCUGUCUGCGCAGGAACAGUGUUAGCUGUCUGUAGUAUUUUUUAAGAAAACAAAAAGAGGAAAGCCUUUGCUCGGUUUUGUCGCCACAAACAAUCAAACUGCUUUUUUUCCUUCAAUGAAGCUUAUUCUUUUUCUCUGGAGAUGUUUUGUUAGUCAUAAUGGGCGCUGCAGCACAGAACAGAUGUUUGUGUGAGUGGAUGUUUGCCAGGUGCAUGAUGGGAACAUGAAAGUGUUAAAAAGUGAAGAGUUUUGGCGUGUUCCGGAUUUCUGUGUGCCUCUUUAGUCUGUGAUGGACCUUUUCGUGUCCCUGAAGAUGCUCCUCAACAGAAAUGACAGCAGUUUGGAUAUCAUGAGGGAAACAGGGAUUUUAUUAGAAAGUGGAUUACUUCACAAUUAUUACUUAUUCCUAAAUUUGAACCUUUUCUUUUAUGUUGAAAAAGUGCUGGUCCUUCUUCUAACACUCCUCUGCAUCGCAGCGCCCUCUUUCUGUUCCACACUCGUGUUCAUAUCCAAGGAUAUCCAAACUUUUCAGACUUUCCGAUUCAGUUUUUCAUUUCUAAAUAACUUAGUAAAAAAUAGAGCUUUAAGAUCAUUUUAGAAAGCAGCUGUCUUUGUGAUUUCUUUUCUGUUUUCUGUUUUGGGCUAAAGGAUAGGUGGGAAACACCAAUCAGCAUCCUUUCUGUCGUUGUCCUGCCAUCGGAGCAGCUCAGGGUUCUGCACAGAGCGGGCACUUUAGUCCCGACCAGCGUCAGUCCUGUAAAUGUUUGGGCCUCAAAGGGAAAACUGCUCCUGCACACAUGGGUUUGGUUUGGUGAGGAGUAGAUCGGUGAAGCGGAGCCUUUAUGAGUUUAUGGUUAAAAGAACAAUUGUGUGUUUUAAUGAAAGAACCACAGUUUUAGUAUCACAGAGGAUGUGCAUCAAAUCCAUUCUGCUAUAUCACAUUUAUUCUCCUCUUUUCCAUCAUUUAAAAACACGUUCUGUCUGUUUGUUUUUUUAAUUUGUCACUGUAGUUUACACCAGAAACUGCAUAUUUGUACAAAAAAAAAGGUUUGAAGUGAAGAAAGUGUGAAAUCAAGCAUCAUCCAUAUUUCAGCUCCACCAGGUUCUUGUUUUUCUAAGCUUGUUUUUUUAAAACGGUUUGCUUAACAAGCUGUAAAUAGACUUUUUCCUCUUUCAAAGUCACAUUCAUGUUUUUUUUACUACAUCUUCGACUGUAACUCCAUUUCUCCUGAAAAAAGGCUUUUAGACGGUUUUCCUUCGUCCUGACGCCAAGAAUUCCUGUGUGCACGUGAACAGGCACAGCCUGUUGUUUUCUAAUCUGAAGUGAUUUUUGUUUCCAUGCAAACUCUUUUCCUGGAUGAUGUUUUGUUUGUUUCCAGAAACGACCUUUCAGACUGUACAACGAGUUAGGAAUCUAAAUCUAGAAUAAAUGUAGUUUGUUAUAAA